GCAGCUUUCGUCUCUUAAGUAAGGUCUUUGUUGUUACGCUCUCUCUCUCUGUCGCUCUUAUCCUCAAAAUCUUUUCCCCCUUUUCUUGUUCUUAAGCGUUUCCCAAAGUCUUAAUCAAGAUUACUCCUUCCAUACGACGCUUCAUUCUCUUUUUUUUUUUCUUUAAUCUCUUUUAAUUCUUUUACAAUUUUACUGAUUGCUUUCGUUUCUUCGAUUUUUUCAAUCGUUGAUUUGAUUCUUUCUUCUGGGUUUUUGUAAAAAUUCGAUCUUUUUUGUUUGUUUCUUGCUUUGUGACAUCUUGAAGAAGACGGAAAAAUUUCGAGUUUGCGUGUCUCUUUUUUUCAAGAUUCUAAUCAAAAAUUUGUUAAAUUUGCUUACUUUUUCUUAUCUUCUUCCCCGUUUUACUCGGAGAUUCAAUUUUUUUGUUUGAUUUCUUGGGAAAAAUCUCAGGCGUAGAUAUAGAAAAAAUCGAAACUUUAGGUUUUGAUUUCGGAGAGGGCUUUUAAAAAAAAGAUCAAAGCUUUUCUUUUUUUGAUACUAAAAAAGAGUUUUCUCUCCAACAUUAUGAGGAAGAACGGCGACGGUUCUUCUCCCAAGUCUCCUGACGGAGGAGUUGUGUCACGAUCAGCUCGUAGCUCCUUUCGUGCUUUGUCUAAUUGCCUUCGUGUGAUUUCAUCUGGUGCUUCUACUGUUGCUCGUUCCGCUGUUUCUGCUGCUUCUUCCGCCGUCAGAGACGUUGAUUCUCAUCACGAUCAGGUACUAUGGGCGGGGUUUGAUAAGCUAGAGAAAGAGGAUGGUGAUGCUCGAAGAGUUCUUUUACUAGCAUUUCAGUCUGGGUUUCAAGUUUGGGAUGUUGAAGAUACUGAGAAUGUUCAUGUUAUAGUUUCUGCAUAUGAUGGUCAAGCGUCCUUUAUGCAAAUGCUACCCAAUCCAUUAAACUCUGGAGUGUUAGAUGAUAGGUUCUAUGAGAGCCGUCCGCUUUUGGCUGUGUGUGGUGACAGUUCUUGGGAGGAUAAGUCAAGUAAACAGAUUAGUUCUGAGGAUCCUGGAAGUGAAACCGUAGUUGUUCCUACUAAUGUCUAUGUCUACUCGUUAAAGUCUCAGUCUUAUGUGCAAACUUUGAAAUUCCGGUCUACCGUUUACUCGGUUAGGUGCAGUUCUCGGAUUGUUGCUGUACUACAAGCAGCUCAGAUACAUUGCUUUGAUGCUUCAACAUUGGAAAUGGAUUACACGAUUGUCACUAACUCCAUUGUGUGUGGCUCAUUGGGUGUUGGAUAUGGCCCUCUUGCUGUUGGUCCACGAUGGAUUGCGUAUAGCGGAAGUCGUAUUGCUGACUCAAGUUCUGCAAUUUUCACUUCAGAACUUCUCUCACUGUCGUCAUCACCCAGUGUUGCACAAUUUGCUAGAGAAUCGAGUAAGCAGCUCGCCUCAGGGAUAGUAAAUCUUGGAGACAAAGGGUACAAGUCAUUGUCUCGAUACUGCUCAGAGGUUCUGCCCAAUCCAUAUAUUCCUGGUUUGAAAAGCAUUGGAGUUGUUAAUGAAAAUGUGCCAGAUGCAGAUAGCAUAGGAAUGGUUAUUGUCAAAGAUAUCACAAACAAAAGCGUCAUAACACAGUUUAAGGCACACAAGAGUCCAAUAUCAGCUUUGUGCUUUGAUCCAAGCGGCAUGCUUUUGGUGUCUGCUUCGAUUCAGGGGCACAAUAUUAACGUCUUUAGAAUAAUGCCAACAAUCUCUACUAGCAAGGAUGUGAACCCAAAGACUUUUGCCCAUCUUUUCAGGCUUCAACGCGGUUUUACUAAUGCGGUGAUACAAGACAUCUGUUUCAGCAAUGAUAGCAAUUUGAUAGUGGUUAGCUCUUCAAGAGGGACAAGUCAUCUGUUUGAGAUUAACCCUGAGAAAGAAGGAGAUUCUCCGGUUCCUUUAUCUGCAAUCAAUAGGAUAAGAAGCAAAAACAGCAGCGGAUGGAUUGGAACAAUGAGUGAUGCAGCAUCUGCAGCAGCUGGAAUGGUUGGAGGCUCUGUUCCGGGUGCAAUCACAUCCUCUUUCUGUUAUUCCGAUGAAAAGAGUAACAAUAACUACUAUGGUUCUCCUGUUGAUUUUUGCUCCAAGACGAAUCUUCUGGUUUUUGCUCCUUCUGGAUGUCUGACACAGUAUGCGUUACGUGAGCAUUCGGUUGGUGUUGGUCAUGAGAAUGCGGCGAUGACAGGGUUUGAUUUUGAGUCUGGUUUAGAGACUGAAGGAAAACUAGCGGUAGAUCCAAUAAGAAGGUGGUCCAUGAUCCAAAACCAAUCUAGGAUGGAGACGCAAGAUCACAACAGUGACAUAUAUGGAGGUGGAACAUCAGUGGACUCUAGAAGUAAAGUGUUUCCGGAGGUUGUUAGAAAACAGAGCGUUGAGGAAGCUUGGAAAGUAACUAAGAAAGGAACAACCCAUGUGGAGGAUAAGCGUCAUUUGUUCAUAUUUGAAGCAGAGUUGCAAAUGCAUCUGCAGACUCAGCUACCGUUAUGGGCAAGGCGAAAGUUUAGGUUUCAAGAACUGGUACUGAAUCGGGGUGGAGAGAUUAGUGGUGAAGGAGGAGGGGAGAUGGAGAUUGAAGAUAUCCAAACUCGUACAAUUGAAGCAAGAACAAGAGACUUGGUUCCAGUCUGGGGCUAUCUCCAAUCUCCAAGAUCCGAACAAGUGAUUAACGAAUCAAUGCAGAGUCCAAGGAACAGUACAGAAGGUGACAAAAAGGCUCCUCUGGAGGGUCAUGGAACAGAGACUGAUCACGGGGCUGUACAUAGCGAAGAAGAGACACAGAGCAAGACUGUAUAUAAAGAAGAAGGUAUUGCAGAAGAGAAGAAUCACAGUGAAGAUGAGGAAGUGGAUUAGUGGAAGAAGGUGAUGUUGCUAUUGGUUCAUUUUUUUUUUUCACACAAACUCAGGCUACGACGACAGAACAGAAGAAGAACACACACAAAAAUAACUCUGGAAAAUUGUAUAGAAAAGAAAAAGGGAAAUUGACAUAUCUUUUUAGGAUGUAAAUAGCUUUAUUACUCUUUUUUUUUUCUCUUACAGAAUAUUAUCAGCCCCAUUGAUUCAUGAACUAUAUAUAUGAUCUUAGGAUGUUAAACGUAAUAAAAAAAAUAAAAAAAGUUCUUUACAUUU